UGGAUAUGUUCCGAUCAAUCUAGAAUUUCGAGAUCUCUCAUUUCUGACAUAUAAAACGUAUCUGAGAUGCUGUCAUGUCAACCGGUAGGAAUAAUUUCAACCAUUGAUAACCUUUGUUUUCCAUCUUCAAAUACUGACAUAUUUAAAAAGAAAAAUUUCCAGUAGAAAAAUAUAUUCUUUAUCAAAUUAGAACUGGCUUCUCCAGAGAGUAAUUACAGCAGAAUGGAUGUCGACCCUUUGCCAGGAAUGUCAGGAGGUUUGACUACCUCCUUAGUGUUACAAACUUUACCAAAAAUAGAUGAAGAUAAUGUUUUAUCUUCAAAAACCCCAAAAGAAAAACUUCUAGAAACACUAGAUCUACUAGAGACUCAUGUGGAAAAACUAAGAAAAAAUGCAAGUCAACUUGAAGAAGACAAGGAUGCUUUAUUAUCAACUUUAGAUUCUGUUAUGAAUGCAGAUAUGAUGUAUAAUCUUGAAGAAAAUGACAAAGAUGACAUAAUCAGAUACGCUGAACGUGUAAUGAAUAGAUGCCUUACUGUAGAAGUGAAAGUGCUCACACAAAGGGAUAAAAUGCAAGAAGAAGCAUUAUUCCAAGUAAAUCACUUGAUUGAUGGUCUUGUAAUCGCCCUCAAAACUGAUGCUGAGUCAGCUAGAACUAAAUGUGAAAGUUAUAUGAAUGCUUGUUCAUCAAAUAUGGUACAGGGUAUAACGGACAAAAUCUUUGAAUCAGCCUUAUUGGGAUGUACUGUCGAUGAUCAGAAAAAAGUUAAGAGACGACUGUACGGCCUUCUCACAUACUUUGAAAAGAUGAAAGUUGUUUCUUACAAUGAAGUGAAUUGAUUGAAAUGAAGAUCGUAUAUUUUCAAUUUAAAAGACUGCUUAUACAUGUUAGUUCACAAUACAUGAAUGUAGGAUUUCUCGAAGUAUUGAUUGUAAAUUUUUGAUGUAAAUUUAGUUUUAUUGAGAAAAUCUAAGGAGUUUAUUUUUCGAAAGUCAGAUUAAUUUGUCGUCGAUUUUUUUCAAGUAUAAUUUCGAGAUAUCUACUGUUAAAAAUAUAACAUGUAGUGUAAAAGUUUUGGCAAAGAAAUAUUGCAUUCCAUUUAAAUAUUCAAAUUAAAACUAAUUACGGAGAGUUCAGAGUGUGAAAAACUCAAUUGUUACCAUUUCGAUUUAUAGUAUCGAUGGUUAAAUUGCAAAGCUCGAAGUCGAUUUGUUGAAAUUUUAUAGGGAGAAGAAAAAUUGAUUACAUCUAUCAAUUUAGUUAUUUGAAAAACAAUGAAAGCUGCAAUAUGGCCUUAAGGAUUUCAGUUUUUGGAGGAAACCUCAUCACUUUGUUAUUAACCCUUAAAUUCCCAUGCUAUCUAAAUCAACAUAAACACCCAUGCGGGGUCCUUCAGAGACCCCAGCUAAAAAUAUGAUUUUAAAUUAGUUUAAUUCAAUUUUUAGAUCAAAUAGCUUUAGGGAAAAAUAAAUUAUACUUAGACAUUCAAUGAAACUUUAUUGAAUAUUCUGGAGAAGAAAAUAAAAAAUAUAUUCAAAAUAUAACAAACAAAUAUUAGGAAAAAGAAAUAAAGAAUUACCAAAAAUCAGGAAUAAUUCAUUAUGCUCAUUAAAAAUUAAAAAAGAAUUUAAGCCGAUGAGCAUCUAGUACUUACAAUAUUUUGGUUUGCUUAUUCCAUGAUUUUGACAUAUAAAUUGUUUGCAAUUAUCGCUUUAUGCGUUUAUUAUCACUUUAUUGUCACAUCUUCUGGGACACUGGAAACAUCUUGCCCUUUUUCUGUUUUGGUUCGCUGUUUGUCCAGCAGCUUUUGUGGCACUGUAUUCUGCUAUCCCACAGUCUCGUAGUGCCGCCUUUGUGUGCUACUUAUGGUUCCUAUAUUGUACUCUUUUUUCAUUAUAGGUUCCAGCCAAGUCAUCACUUAAUUGCAGUAAGAAGAGACGUCGCCGGCAUAGUUCUUUUUCUUCCAAAUGGAAUUUUACUCCAUAUAAAUGACAUAAGCAUUCAUUGUACACAUGUCUAUAAUAGAAAAAUAACCUCCUACUACAUGAAUAUUCCCUUACAAGCUUACAAUAUCAUGAUUGGCCUAGACGUGUAAUUAGGGUUGCGAGGGUAUCGGGUUUAUUUUUACGAACAGUUAGUUCCCAAUGAGAUUAGAUUUUUGGAUACUAAAUAGUUAGCUAAAGGGACGCUUGUGAAGAAAUUGUCAGUAGUUCUUCCUCUCCCAGUAUCGUGAUAUGGUUGUACUAAGUCAGAUAUGACUCUAUAGCCUUGGUUUUUAUCUGAUAAAUUUCCAGGAAGUUUUCCAGUGUAGACCUGAAGAUUGCAAAGAUAAGAAUGUUGUACGUCAGCAGCUGCCCAUAUUUUGAUGCCGUAUCGACCUGGCUUUGAUUUAAUGUAUUUCUUAAAAGGGUACUUUCUACGAAUACUAACCAACUGCUUGUCAAUAGUAAUAUGGUCAUAUGGCUCAAAACUUUUUCUACAAUUGGUAACAAAAAGAUUCCAUACUUCUCUUAUGGCUGCUAAUUUGUCAUUCUCCUUUCUUUCUGCUCUAGUAGAUUUGUCGUCAAAUCGUAAAAAAGUUGAGAUUUCCUCAAAUCUAUUUUUCUUGAUAACGAAGCAGUGAAAAAUGCUCUACGAAUGGAUGUAUUCGUGGUCCACAUUUCCUUAGUGGAUUCUUUCCUACAUCGAAGCGUGUCUGCUUUUAUUAGAACCCCCAAAAAACAGUCUAGCUCGUCCCGUUACGUCAGAAUAAAGAUUUAUAGUAGGAUUUUUGGAAUUGGUAAUCAGGUAAUCAGAAAAAUACACAUAGACCAAACAUAAUACAUUAACAUUGCUAUAAAGGAAUAAAAAUGUUUAGCCGUAUGAAAGAUUUUUAUAAAAUGUCUUGAAACCUUCAGAUAUAAUUUUGUUCAAUUCUCUUAAAUGAUUCUACUUUCCGGUUUUAUUUUUAGUCGCCCGGAAUAUAGAUUAGAAAUAAUCGAGUUUUCUUUUUGUUUUUUUACUCGCCUGGGUAGCUCCUCCCAGUUGUCCCCAUAAUUUAUUUUAUAGUUAAUAGUACCAUCUAAAUUGUAGGCUAGACGUCGAAUAUCUGUAAUUAUAGGAUCUUUGGUUGUAUUACCAGGACGAAGUAAAGAAUAACUAGUUUGUAAAACUGAAUAUUUUUGGAAAAAAUAUAAUGAACCCUGUAUGGAUUUUUUUAGUUUUGCCGUUUUGCAAAUCUGAACGUAGCAACCAGGCACAUAAACCUCUACAUUUUUCAGUUUCCUCUCAAUACAAGCAUGAAUUGAGUCACACUCCAUUUGAGUGUGACCCUUUUCAAGGAAAUAUUGAUAGAUUUCAAUUUUCUUACUCUCAACAAAGUUUAUUAGGGCAUUUGAUAAAGUUACGUUAGGGUGUUGGUACCCUCGUCCGACACUGAAAAUUAUUAUAGUUUUAGUAUCUUGAAUUAAAUUUUUAUUAAUAUAAUCCAGAAUGAUUGAGGUAAACUCAUUGGCAGUCACUCCACCAGCACCUUCAUGCCAGAUGUAACAGUCUGCUAUACCAUUAACCAUGUUAUAAAACGUAAAAUUCAUUUUAUAAUACGACGCAGAAACUCGCAAUCUUGGUGUCGUCAGGACAGCUUUGUACAUCCAUGGUAAAUAUUACUGUAGAUGAAUUGGUCUUAGCGAGUUCGUUUUGAGUUUCUUUCUCAGCCCGAGCCAAAUUUUUUCUUGUGAUAUUCGUUUGAUAUUCAUCUUCUUUGAUGGUUCCCGCAGAGUAUCGCAUUGGUAUUUAUAAAAUGAAUAUUUUAAAAUCAAAUAGAAUAAUAUAAUAGCUAAAAUGAUUAAUGUUGUAUUACCUCGGUUUAAAAACAGACAGAUUUUGUUCUUGAAACUCUUGUCUAAAUGUGGUAUGGUUUAAAGUUUGAAAUCUUUGUCGCUCACAUUCACUAGAAUAAAAUCUGUACAGAUCAUUAAUAUUUUGCCACUGGGAAUCUAAAUAUAAUAUAGCUGUAUCUUUACGACAAUAAUGACUUUCCAUCUUGGGCAGUUCACUCAAAAAUCUGAUCAGAAAUUCUUUGUCUCUAGAAACUGGUCUAAUAUUUCAAUUUUUCUUCUGCGUUGUUGUGUUAAUUGUUGGCAGAUUAUAGCAAUAGUUUUAAGAAACAUUUUGUUGCGAACUAGUCUUCGCAUAUUUUCUUUUUUAUGAUGAAACACUUGAGAGACAUUUCUUAGCUUACUUUCAAUAUCUGAAAAUACAGAAAAUUUGUUUAAUAGUUCACAGGAAUAGGUUAAACAAAUAGUACCAGUGCGAUGAAAUUUAACAGGAGCAGCAUCGACCAAUACCGAUUUAUAAAUCUUUUUUUCACACCAAUCUAGGUUUUGCCAAAAAAUUUCAAAUAUUGGGUUCCUUUCUUCCUCAGAAAAUAAUCGGCAAUAAAACUUCUUGGAUUUUUUGGAAAUACUGCAAUCACAAGGGGGGCCCAUUUUCCUUGUUACUGUCUCAAUUUUUUUUAUAGUUUUUUGUUUCCUUAUUUAAUUUAAUUGAAGUAUAAUUUUCUCCUUUUAUUCAUUUCAAUUUAUUCUUAUUAAGUUGAUGCUAUUCACGUUUUUUCCUCUAGAUCUUUUACGUUUUGGAGCAACAGUUUGAUUUGUCUUAUUUUGAUCAUUUUCUGAAAUAACGUACUCAGAACCACUGUCACUAGGUUCGUUAUUAGAAUUUUGAAUCUCCAAGUCAGACACUCGUAUUAAUGUCGUAUUGUCCUGUAUUAUUCAAGUCGAGAAUUAAUAAGGAUUCCUCCAAAGGUGAUGUUGGUUGGCACCGUGGAAGUAGGCGUCACGCUUUUACUAAUAUCAGUUAUAUCAUUAUCUUAAUUUCUUUCAGAACAAGGAAUAUUACUGGUUGAUACUUGUUUCUCAGUGAUAUUGUUCAAAAUAUUCAAAUCAUCACUGAUGAUAAAGCUACUACUGGCUCUUAAAUCUGAAAUUUGCAGAAAUCAUCUUUGGUUUUACUCUUUUCUCUUCUACAAGACAUUAACAUUAACCCCCAACAUAAUAUUUAGAAAUCACGGUUAUAUUAAGUUAAUAAACGAUUUACCCAGUGAUAUUUUUGUUAAAUAUUAAACUAUUUGAUUUUAUGAAUGUUUAGGGCCCAAAAACAAACCUUAAGUUGGCUUACCGCGAAAUGAUUUUUGGCGCGACUGAAGACUUAACCUCAAUUUUAUUUUUCAUUAAUAAUAUACUUAAAUGUCAAAACCUCCCAAGUCUACUAAAGAGGUUUCUUUUUUUAUAUAUUUUUCAUAUCAAUCUUGCUAGCUUUUGAAAGAUGUCACUACAAGUAUUAAAAAUUAUCAUAAUUAUUAUUAUUCAUGAACUUACGAGAUUUUGCAAUUUAACUAUAGGUAUGUUCUGUUAGAAAUCUGCACAAUGAAUGCACUUCGUAACAUGUUCUUACGUUAAAUUAUCUGAUAAUUUUAUAUGGCAAACUUUUUCAACCUUCCCAUUGAUUGAGAAUUCCAUUGCACUUAAAUAUGCUUAGCAAUUUUCUAAGAUUUUCUGGAUACUGUUAAAUUAUUCCAUAUUUUAAUAUUUUAAUUUUUGAACAAUACCUUAAUAAAAAUGUUUCAUUUGAUCGCAGUAA